AUGUCUCUCCAGCACACGUCCCUCAACGCAACCCUGACACCCGUCCGUGUAUCCACGGCCCCGGAUAUCGUCCAGUACCGGAACAUCAAGUUCGCGUCUAUCUCGGAGCGGCUCACACAUUCGAAGUCGAUCAAUGACUGGAACGGCGCCUCGAUUGGAUCUGAGAAGCAUGGCCCCCGAUGUCCGCAGGUAUACUACGACCUGAAUACCCUUUUCAGAAUCCCCGCCGAGCAAGCCCCUAGCUGGGUGGAGCCCGAGGAUGAAUUCGAGUGCUUGAACCUUCACGUCACGGUCCCUGCCGGCGUAAAGGCGGGGGACAACGUGCCGGUCCUGAUGUGGCUGCACGGUGGUAGCUUGGUAGCUUCCUGUUGCGGAGCGAAGUCGGGGGUGAAUGAUCCCACAAAGCUGGUUGCAAAAUCGGUUGAAGACGGCACACCGAUCAUCUUCGUCGCGAUCAAUUACCGCCUCGGAUUCCUCGGGUUCGCACACAUCGACGACGAACUCACAAAUUUCGGACUGUUUGAUCAGAAGCAUGCCAUUGAAUGGGUUCACCGGCACAUUCACGGCUUCGGUGGAGAUGCGAGCAACAUCACACUCGGUGGCGAAAGCGCAGGCGCUAUAGCGACGCACUUUCACACGCUUUCCGCACAUUCGUCGCUUCUCAAGCGCGUUAUCCUGCAGUCCGGCACCGCCACAACCAUUCCGGCACAGCCCGUACCCGUGGGAGAGUUUUUCAGGAACAAGCUCUUUGCCGAGCUCUCGGUUUCCAACAUCGACGAGUUCAGGAAACUGGAAGCGACAGAAAUUUGCCGUGCGCAACAAGCGAUCGGCGUCAACACAAUAUUCCCCGUUGCAACCGGGAGCUUCUGGAGCAAGGAGCCGUGGCGAGGUGAAGUCCUGAUUGGCGAUGUCGAGAAGGAAUACAGUCUUUUCACGACAGGCAUCACAUCACUGUCCGCCCCCGCCAUUGAAUUUCCGGACGUUCCAGCCUCCAAGGCAAUCCUUGACGGAUACGGCAACAACCUUGACGGAGUACUCAAAUUCUCCGGAGAUGCGAAGUUCAACUACCAUACGGAAAUGUACCACCGCGAAUUCCUCCGCGACUCGCCAAAGACGUACCGUUACCUCUUCGACGCUCCAAACCCGUUUGUACCCGAGCUCGGCGCACAUCACGCGGUCGACUUGCUGUACCUCUUUGGAGGUGUGCAGCUAUCGGCGAGGCAAGAAGCACUCGGUGACGCGAUGCGCCGUAUAUGGGUUCGGUUUGUGGCUGGCGUUGAACCGUGGAACAAGGAGGGCCUCGAGAAAGUGCUCGUCAUCGAUGCGGAUGGAUGUAGAGUCAGGGAUGCGGAGGAAGUGAAGAAGAGAAGAAAUGCGGAGCAGUGGAAGGUUUUGGAGGAACUGGGGUGGGAGGCUGUUUCAAAGGUUAUUGGAGAGGUGGUGAGGGGGAAGAUCAGGUUUGAGUAG